AGUCUAGGGAACCUUGGAAGAUUUUGUUAUGGCUUAGCUCAGGCAGUUCCGCUUUCUCAGCCUCCGGUUAUUGUAGGACACAGCAUGCUAGCUUUGACCUGCUGUAGCCGGCUGGGACUGCUGUGGUAAGUUCCUGGCUGUUGUCCAGGGAGGCAGCCCCAGUGGGCGGAGAGUGUCUAUUGCAUUAUGUAUGAGCUGAUAUGCUGCUGUUUGUAUAAAAUGAGGAUGCUUUGUGUUUGUUUUAGGACUUCACCCCAGGCCGAGCUACAGGGCGCUGGGUCCCCGUCUCAGUGACAGCAACGCUUGGGGUCCCCGUUGCAGAUGUGUCACUUUACCUUCAUUAAAGCCAAUUACUCUCAGUGUGGAGUCGGUCUCGUUCUUGCAGAGUACCUCGGACCCUUGUGGGCAAUAACAAAUGGCGCAGCGAGCAGGGUACUCUGGAAGACGAUGCCGCUGUGGCAGAAGGUAGGGGAGGUAGGGAAGCCGUUGCUGUCCCUACAGCGCAUACCGGGGUGGCCCCAGACGGAAUGCUGGGGGUCGGUAGCGCGGACUUUGGCAGGCUGGGCGGCUCCAGCCAACUGGCCGGGAUUCCAGCAGGCAGCUGGGGUUACGUCUGAGCAGCUGCUUGAGAGCUUACAGCGGUUGCGGGCGAACCGGCAGUCUGGGACGGAGCGGCGGGCGAUGGGGGAGCUAGGGUGGCUCCUCCUAACCACCCUUUGGGCCCAGGACGAGGAGGUGCUCCGCUGGCAGCGGGCCCUGGACGAGAAGGCAUCCUACGCUGACUGGUCCGAGUCUGGGACAGUGCCGGGAACACCGGGUGAUGUGCUGGUGACCUUACCCCCGAAGAGACUGGAGCUGAACCACGACUGUGUUGGGAAAGAAGGAGAAACUCUUAAAAACCCACGCCAUCGAAAUGACUGGAGCCUAAAUCCAGGACUUCCUGACCAGGAAGGACAUUGAGAACUGACCCUGGUGAAGGAACGAAGACUUGUACACAGGCAGGCAGGCAAUAGACAGAGAACUUGGAAAGGAAUAAGGAUCGGGCCCAAGCGGCCAGGCUACAGACAACAGCUUGGGAAUUUCAAAUAUUCAGGGGGAUACUUGGAAUGGUGAUUUAGCUGAAGAAUGUAUAUAGUGCUAUGUACUUGUAAUUGUAUUAGGCUUAAGAGCAUAUAAGUGGUGAUGUUUUCUUUUAGUGUUAAAAAGUAGGAGUUAAUAGUAAGAACCCUUAAGCUGUGAAUAGCUUUGAAUUUAGAAGUAAGCCAGGAUGCAAUUGUAUUAUUGUAAAUGAUUUAAUUGAUGAUGUAAUUUUCCUUUUUUUUGCCUGAUGGUAAUACGGGUACUUGUAUAUUGUAUGUAAUGAUUGUUUGCCCAGUAGGGGUAGUUUUGUUUUUGUUUUUUUUAGAUAUUAAGAAAAUUAGUGUUAGCUGUAUAGUAUUUAAUGUAUUAUGUAU